GGGGAAGACAAAAUAUGUAACACGAAGCUAGCUAGCUAUGUAGCUUGCGAUGCGUAUGAAGGCGGUUUUAAACAAGGUUUAUACACUGGAUAAUGUGAGGCUGUAGCAUGGCUGGCCGGAUCCCCCUCAUCCUGUUGGCAUGUGGCUCGUUUAACCCCAUCACACACCAGCAUAUGAGGCUCUUUGAGCUCGCCAGGGACCACAUGCACCAGACAGGUCUUUAUCAAGUUGUGGGUGGAAUUGUAUCUCCAGUCAGCGAUGGAUAUGCUAAACAGGGUCUUGUUUCAUCAAAGCACCGUCUGGCCAUGGCUAGACUGGCUCUGCAGAGCUCAGACUGGGUUGCUGUGGAUGAAUGGGAAAGCCAGCAAGCUGAUUGGACAGAGACUGUGGUCACUAUGAGGUACCACUACAGCCGUGCAGCAGAGAAAUGCUGGCCAAGCACAAAGGACACACCUCUAGAUCAACCCUCUGCUUCUGGUCCUCCCCAGCUGAAACUGCUCUGCGGUGCCGAUUUCUUGGAAACUUUCAAAGUGCCCGGGCUGUGGAGGGCCGAGCACAUCGAGGAGGUGGUGGGCCACUUCGGCCUGGUGUGCGUGAGCCGCAGUGGGCUGCAGCUGGAACAAGCCGUGCAUGAGUCCGACCUCCUCUACAAGCACCGACACAACAUCUUCUUGGUUCAUGAAUGGAUCCGCAACGAGAUCAGCGCCACUGAGGUCCGUCGAGCCCUGCGGCGAGGCCUCAGCGUCAAAUAUCUCAUCCCAGAUUCGGUCAUCAGCUACAUCAAAGAGCACAACCUGUACACAGAGGACAGCGAGCUAAAGAACAAGGGUGCUAAACUACGGCCCCUCACCAAGCAGACUGUACUGGACUGAGUCAUACGCAAGAUCUUUCUGAGACUAUGAACGCACAAUGAUUGAGGAGCAUUAUUUAUAUCACUAGCUGUUUGGACUCAUCAUUAAUCUGUCGGUUCAUCCUUUCUUUUUGACCGAUAUUUGGUGGUGGUAAAAUUUGUACAUUACACAUUCUAGAUAAGUGGACGCUUUUGUGGCUAUGUACACAAUACCUUUUUGACCACUAGUUACGAGUUGCAGAGAUGAUGUGUUUAUUUUCUUAGAAGAAUCACGAAGCAUUGCACUUGAGCCAUUAUCGACCGUAUUUGCACAUCGUAGCUGAUGUAACAAAAGCUCGUAUCUCCAAAGAAGUAAAAGAAAUAUUCACAAAGAAGGAACUUGCACCAUUUUUUUUUACGUUCCUACGUAAAUCCCUUCUUAAGCUGUUAUCAGUUUUACCUGUGGAAACCUUCUAAACUAUGCGUCAGGCUCCAGUCCUUGCGGGCCAAAACACUUCAGAGCACUGCCUCGUUAAACACACCUGAUUCAGCUCAUCAGCUAAUUAGCAAGGCCUUCAUGAGCUGAAUUUAGAGCGGUAGACGAGGGUAAACGCUGAACUCUGCAGCACUUCAACCCAGAAGGUCCCCAGUUUGACAUGCCUGUUCUAAACCAUCUAAGCCUACUUGCACUCAUUGACACCAAAAGCCUUAGUAGCAAAUUACACUGAUUUUUCAGAAUUUCUGCAUAAUUUAAGACGUGAACAAUCAUUCAGAGUGAU